GAGCGAGGCGUAUUUGUCGCAAUGCCUCGCCCAGCCGGAUCAGCCAGCAGCCAGGCGUUGACUCCUCUCGCGGUCCUCGUCGGAAACCAACAAGGGGGAGAGCUUCAUCUAAUAUUCAUGCGGGAUCUCUCUGGCUGCAGCCUGGCAGCCUUCAGGGGUGGUUCCAGGUUCAAACCAAAUUACCCAUCCUACAGGUGUUCGUGGAAAUGUCACCAAGCCUUGGUUCAGAAUGGAAAUGUCACACAGCAAGGAUCACGGGCUAAAUAAAAGGACUCCCUGUACAUGCGGAAUCGGUAAAAUCUCCAUCCAACAUUUAACAGGCUUAAAGACACGGUCUCUCAAGUCUCAAUUGCAUUGCCGCCUUGCAUUUAAGAAAAUCAUGUAGCUGGACCAUCACUUCUGAUGAGUCAGGAAGGAAAAAAAACACCAUCACUUUCGAGUGCAGUAUCACUCCCACUCCCACCACUGUCCAUGGUUUAUACUAGUUCCAAAAAGUUUUCCAUCAUAGACUUGGAAGUCUUGCCUAUGUCAUUGUUGUAGGACCCCUUGUAAACAGCUGCUACACGCCUACGCGUGUAUGACCAUUCCCUUGUCCAUGACUAGCUGGUGUGUCAAGCAGUCAAGCUGCUGUCCUUGACAGGAGUAUUCUGCCAUUAGAUGAUGGGUGUUACAUAACAACCUACCUUGCUGCCUAUGAGCUUUUUUCAUCCACCUUACAUGCCAGAGCUAGCUUGUUUCGCAAAGAUUGCUCUUGUUCUACUAGGGUGAUACAUCUGUAUGACUGUAGCAAAGCAGUCUGGUGUGGUCACUAGUCCUGGAAGGAAGCAGCCAAGAAGAGAGAAAAUGGACAUCGCGAAGCUUGCAGGGGUUGAUGCAGUCAAGCUUGUCGUCAUGAUUGUGCAGGCAGCUCGGACUGCUCGUCAUAACAAGAAGACCUGCCAGCAGCUUGCUCAGCAUGUGCAAAUAAUUGGUGAUCUGCUGAGGAAGUUGCAGGCUUCAGAGAUGAUGCAACAACCAGAGAUCAGGAAUGGACUGAACGAGCUCGAGCAGAUCCUACGUGACGCAUACAUGCUUGUCACGUCCUGCCAAAACAACAACUAUGUAUACCAUCUUUUCAUGAGCGGGAGGCAGGCAGAUCAGUUCCGAGUUCUGCAGAAUAGAUUGAACUCAUGUCUCCAAGUUUUCCCACUGAUCAGCCAUAUCGACACCGCAGAUCGCCUGGACCAAAUUCUAGAAAUCAUACGGCCUCCACAUUUGCAGGCUGUAAGAGAGGUGCCAAGACUGUUUGCAGGUUGCUCAUCCUGUGAUACAAGUUUUCUAUUUCAAAGAGAUAAUUUGGUGAAAGGUCCAUGCAAACAAUAUAGAACUUCCAACCUUUCUGGUAAUAUCAAAAGAUUAACUUUUCUUUACUUUUGCGAGAAAAAAAGAUUUAUUUUUCUGUAUUGCAAUGACAGGACUGAAGUAUAUCGUGAAGUUAAAAAGCGCUCUAUCCAAAUGAAUUGUGCUGAGGCACUCAAAUUCAGUUUAGCCCAGUUGGUUGAUGCUACAAACAACUUCUCCGAUGAGAAUAAAAUUGGACAAGGUAGCUUUGGUUGUGUGUACAAGGGUCAACUGCAUGACGGGCACGUGGUUGCUGUCAAGAAAUGUUUUGAUUUACCUUCUUCACAUAAUCAACUGGAUGUCCAAGAUUUGGAGUUUCAAAACGAGAUUUACUUUCUUACGAAGCUUCAGCAUACCAAUAUUGUUAAGCUUCUUGGAGACUGUAUGCAGGGAAGUGAUAGGAUUUUGGUCUACGAGUAUAUGUUGAAUGGAAGCCUCGAUACCUUUAUCUUUGGUCCUACAUCAAGAAGCUUGUAUCUGGACUGGCCUGCAUGCUCUCAGAUAAUUAAAGGGGUAUCUGAGGGAUUGCUUUACCUUCAUAAGCACUGUGGACUACAUGUUAUACAUGGAGAUUUAAAGCCAAGCAACAUUCUCUUGGACUCGAACAUGCAUCCCAAGAUUUCUGAUUUUGGCUUGGCAAGAACAUAUAGUCCAGGUGCAGAGGAAGAGUUUGCCGACCGCAUGGUGGGGUCAAUUGGUUUCACUGCUCCAGAAUGUCGGGAAAGACGUCUUUUCUCAAUCAAAUCAGAUAUAUAUGGCUUCGGAGCAUUGCUUCUUGAGAUAAUAAGUGGACACAGAUGCUUUUCACUUGCAAGUGGAGAAUCUGGAGAUGAUCAUGGAUUUCUGAAUAGGAGGGCCUGGCAUUUAUGGAGAGCAGGAAGAUUGAUCAAGCUUGUCGGUGCACCCCUAGGCGAUGAAUCUGAGACUGAGAGGACAGACAUACUUAGAUGCAUCCACAUAGCAUUGCUGUGUGUCGAAGAGAACCCUGCAAACCGGCCUACCAUGCAGGAGGUUGUUCUGAUGCUCAGCUGCCAGGAUGUUACACUGCCUACGCCUCAGCGACCAGCUUACCUCAGGACUGAAAUGAAAUGAUGCGCGUACACUAAUACUCCCUCCAUCCUAAAUUAUUAGUCAUUUUGGCUUUUCUAAAUGCAUAAUUUUUGUCAUGCAUGGAAAUAUAUAUCAUGUCUAGAUGCAUAGUAAAAUCAAUGUAUUUAUAAAAGCCAAAACGACUAAUAAUUUGAAACGGAGGGAGUAGGUCAUAGCACGGGCCAAGCUGCUAGUGUAUUGAAAGAGCAUGACAAUGUUUGGUCUGAUAAUAUAUUUUCGUCUUGGUUUGUUUCAUGCAUAUGAACCAAAUUUGAAGAUCCCCUGAAAUCCUCAAAAUCUCUGUUCAAUGGGAGAGAUAUUUCAUAAAUCA